CCUAUCGUAGACCGGAUACAACAACGGGUUGGAAUUACACAUUAGCAGUAUCUCCUAGUGUUCUGCUCCCAAUAAAAUGUUGAGGACGGAUGAAGUCAAAUCUAAAAUCUGCUGGCAAUGUGGUGGCAUUAAUCCAAAUGUCAUCUGUUUGAAAGAUGUAUUUCAGCCUUCAGGUGGACAGGUUUCGUAUAAAACACUUCGAAUAGCAGGACAUGAAAGCAAGCUGUCUUCAUACCGUCCCCUUCUAAAUUCUUUUGGGAUCCCAUACCACAUCUCAAAAUGACGCGUCUCUCCUUCGUUCUCGCCGUUGUUGCUGCUUUCAAGUUGUCAGUGUCAGUGUCUCCUCCCAGUAUUGACACUCCAUGUGCCAUCCUCUGCAACACCACUGCUGAUUGCUGCGCUGGCGAGAUAUGCGAACAAGUAGUAUAUGACCGCCAAGUGAGUAUGAGUAGUUUUCAUCUUUAUAACCCCGUGACUCACUGGCUUGGUAGGGCGAUGUCUAUUAUAUGUGUGGGACAUUCUGAUUACCGUGACAGUGGGUCGUGUUCUGCUUUCGCAUUGGUAUAGUGUGGUUGACACUAUGACGCGUCAAGUAGUUCUUGAGUACUUCGCUGCUGAGCGCUGAGCGAGCGGUCGUCACGGUGAACAAACAAGUUCACCGACGCGUUGUUUUUCGUCCCGUUAUAUGCAAAAUGUGUGUAUGAUGAUAAGAAUAGACAGUC